ACCGAUCUCUCCUCUCUCUCUCUCUCUCGGCAGAACGACCAACACAGAAAAGAGGAAGCAGAGCAGAGGGCCGCCGGAAAAGGGAAGAGGAGAAUGGCGCCGGAGCUGAGCCCCAUCGCGAGGAUGCUCCGCGGGGAGGCGGGGAAUGGUAGGGGCGGCGCGGCGAAGACGUCGGAGAUGGUGACCAUGGAUCUGCUCGGCAGGUGCGGCGGCGAUGCCGGCGUGGAGGACGAGGUCGUCGACCUGGAGGUCAAGGUGCCCGCCGGAUGGGAGAGACGGCUCGACCUGCUGUCCGGCAAGACGUUCUUGACUCCUCAUCGCCACCAGGCCGCCCAAGACGGCCACGGCCAGGACCUCAACCUGCCUCCCACGGCAUCCACCCCCGCCGCCGUCACCACCACCUCCGCUGCGUUUUGCACCCUCGACAUGGUCCGCUACGCCCUAGAGCGCGCCGCCGCCGCGCGGUCCGCCACCUCGCCGGACACGUCGUCCUCCUCGUUGGCGUCCACCUCAUCAUCGUCCUCCUCGCUGGGAAAGCGCAGCCGCUCGCCGCCUUCAAGCACGGGGUCGCCCGCCGCGAACCCGGCCAUGCGCGCGUGUGCGUGCCCGUCCUGCUUCACGUACGUGCUCAUUGCCGAGGCCGACCCCUGGUGCCCACGGUGCGCGUCGAAGGUGCCGCCGCUUCCCAGUAAGCCCGCCGCCCACAGCAGCGGGAAGAAGCCUAGGAUUGACCUCAAUGCUGACGCCGACGAGACCGAGUGAACGGGAAAAGAUGAUAGACAAUUGGACUUGUUUCCUUUCUGGAAAAGUUUUUGCCAGUCAUUAGUUUGUUACUUCUUAGAAUAUAUCAUCAGAAGCAGUUUUUUUCGCGAGAAAA